AUGCGCAGCAAGGUACCCCUAGGCAAGUCCUCACCUCGUCCUCACGUCCAUGUGAAUAACUACGGGCGAAUCAACUCGCCCGGCGAUGACAUCCGCGUAGCCAUGGCGAAGAACGCGAGCAAGGCGGGAAGUCCUAUCGCCGCCUCCGGUGCGAGCUGUAACGGGGACGACCAAGACGAAGCACAAGGCGACGACGCGGAGGAGGAUUGGCCGGAGAACGGCCACGAUGACAGCGCUUCGGGCGACGAAUUAGGUCCUGCCGACAUUGAGGAGGACGAAUGGUGGAAUCAGCCGGUCGGGAGUGACGACGAGGUUGAAGAGUGGCGGGCUGGUGAUUCCGACGGAGACGGAGGUGAAGAUGCUGGCGGGGAACACGCGGAGGCACAGGAAGCGGCGGUGGCAGCCGACGAGGCCGAGGCGGAACGGAGAACCACCUGGGGACCACAGGCGACAACACGCGCCUGCUCGGGAAGGCUCCAGGAGGAGGAGGAGGAGGAGGAGGAGGAGGAGGAGGAGGAGGAGGAGGAGGAGGAGGAGGAGGAGGAGGAGGAGGAGGAGGAGGAGGAGGAGGAGGAGGAGGAGGAGGAGGAGGAGGAGGAGGAGGAGGAGGAGGAGGAGGAGGAGGAGGAGGAGGAGGAGGAGGAGGAGGAGGAGGAGGAGGAGGAGGAGGAGGAGGAGGAGGAGGAGGAGGAGGAGGAGGAGGAGGAGGAGGAGGAGGAGGAGGAGGCGAUGCAGGCGGAGGGCGUGCGGGAGGUGGCUGUGGCAACUGGCCUGGAGGUGCUGUACCAGGAGACCCCCAACUACCGCGGAGCGGCGGCCGAGGCUGACCGCAUGAUCGAGCCUAGGGAGACGGCUAGGCAUGCCUGGCGAGUGCCAGACCUGAGUGUGGAGCCUGUAGCUAGUGCUCCCGAGGAGGCGGUGACCGAGGGGGGUUAG